CGAAUAAAGCCAAUCACAUGGCAGACCAAAGUGUCUUGACCGGAAAAAAAUAAUGGCCGAAGCCAAACAAAUGCAAAUUAUCUUCAACGGUUGCAGCACGGCAUCGUUGCUAAAAGCAAAUAGAAAUACGCAUUCCGACGCUGCAACCUCCUGGCUACUUGUAGUAUAAGUGUACGUUCGUAUUCAAGUUGUCUUCGUCCGGAAGUGAAGUAUGAUUUCUGAUACCCAAAAAUACUCCAGCCCGGGCGCUGUCACUGUGCGAGAACAAGCCUCGUCUCGUCCGGGCACGAGCGGCCACAACCCGUCGCGUCGUCCCCUCUCUUCCCGUGGGCAUAACGGAGGAUCCAUUUCCAAUUUGUCAGAAGGUGUAGGAGAAAGCGCAACAUCGCAUGCUUUCCGCGGAGAACGGGCGUCCGUGCGAAGGAGUGAUCACAGAAAGCUUUCGCCGGCAACAUCUUCCCGCAGCAAGAAACAAGAGCUCGUGGACAUAAAUUUUCUACCUAAGAAUAAAGAAAACCACGACUACCCGCACCAGCACCAACAAUCUGCACGUCCCUUUGCUUCCAACCGAGAAGACGCGAAGCGCGCUAGUAGCGGGAGGAAGCUGCGAAGCAGCAAGAACAUGAACAGCACGAGCGGUGUACAACACCACCGCGAGUGGAAUGAGAAGAGCGAGGAGAAACAUAACAGAACAAAGCAGGCCACCGCAAGUUGUACUAAUAAUUCGACGUCGCGAGAUCAUGAGGCAGACGCCCCUCGCCAUCUGCGACCUGGACCGCGAAGCUGUGUCAACACUGGUAGACGCAGCAGCCACACCCACGGUAAAAGAAGUUCUUCGAAAACGACCGGCGCGCAAGGGCAACCGCUUGCUGCAAAAAGGGAAUCUCGCACACACACUCCUACGACUGUUAAAAACCAGCAGGCACGAGAAGGAACACGUACGCGAAGAAAAACGACUAUAACACCGACCCCGCCGAGCACAAAAAAGAAGAAGCUUAACAAACCAGUGGCGUCAAGUGGUAUUAAAGAAUGCUGUGGCCACUGCCUGCUCGUUUUUCUAGCCCUGGCUGCCGUAACGUUCGUCGGUGGGAAAAUAUAUUACCGGUACUGGUAUAAAAAUCAACCAGAGGCAGGAGCUGUGACCUUGACCAAAAAUUGGCAACGGCCGGGCAUCAGUCGAAAACCAAAAAUUGGCAACGCCCGGGGGCCAGGAUCGCAGUCACAGUUCCCACCGUUGAGUGACGCACUUUUAGAGGACCAUCAGCGCAGCCAGGUGGUGGGAGGACAUUCCUUUUUUGGAAGACCUCGAGGAGAAAACGAAAACAACACACUGAGCACAAAGGACCCUGUUGCAGCUAAAGCGCAAGCGCAUGCUUUAGCUUUACCUGUAGCGCGCCGCGGCGGAGGCGGAAGAUCAUCUGCUGCAGUUGGCGGCUCGAGUCGUGAAGGAGAAGAAGGCCCCGCCGCAACAGCCAAGAAAAAUCCGCAACAGCAGGAGGUGAUUUUCUACGAUGUUGACGGGGAAGAACAAUUCAAUCCAGAUCCUACUGAUUUUGCCUGGGCACCCGAUAUUGGUGUAAGUUUUGAUGCUUCGGGCAGGAUUGCGGAUCGAGCAGGACCAGUACGACGCGAAGCUGGAGGCCGGACCGGGGUGGCUGGAAGUCCCACUGCCACUGGAGGUGGGGGUGCAGCUGCGGAGCCUCCUCCUGCUCCUCCAGAUGCAGCUGCAAGAAAAGCGGGCGCGGGUCCUCCAUCGAGCGCAAGUGGUGGACAAGCUGCAGCUGGUGCUGGCAGUGCCAGUCGCGGAGGAGGUGCAGUAGAGAGUACAACUGGUGCUGGAGCUAGACGGCAAGCGCUGGAGGAACUUCUUGUCCCUCCGAGUAAACCUGACCAAGAAGUUUCAAUGCACUAUGUCGGUUACGGGCUCUUUGGCAUGCCAAAUGUCGGAAAUAGCUGCUACCUGAACGCAUUCCUGCAAGCGUUUUGGCGUUUGCCACCCGUCCGCAGACACGUGGACCAAAUCUGUCAGCAGGUCGUUCUUCUCUCUGAGCGAAACGAACCCCGUGCAGCAGGUGUCGCGGCUUCAGCGCCUGCUGAUAGAAGCGCAGAGUUCCGCAACCAAAGCGAAGAUGCGACUUCCGCAAUCGAGGGAGCAGAUGAACACGGAACAGCAACCGGAUCUGAUGCGAUCUUCCGCGAAACGCCAACCGCUGCGGAAAGUCCUGCCCGUGGAUAUCCCAUGCUCCUAUCCAUAUGCACAGCAAAAGCAUCGUAUACGCGACGUAUAAUGAAGUGACUCAGAUCGCCUUCUGCCAGUACGUAGCUAGACGCAGUCCCAUGCAUCCUUAGUAUCGCAAAUUUUUGGAACUCGACCAGAUCCAGACCAUAUCAUUUCUAUUUUUGUCGGUCGUGGAGGUAACUUUGACGUUGACACUAGAGCCAGCGUAAACUGAGUGAGUCACUUUUGGUCUUCUUCGGACUGGCGGCGGGAGCGCCACGCAGUAGCAGUCGGAGCUGCACCCUGCCCCCAUCAUAAUCAUCAUCAUGCAUUAUUGUCUAACAAAAACACUUGUAGUACCGCAGCACUGCUACUAACUUGUGAGGAUGCGAUACUUUUGCGAAGGAUAAUCCACAGGCAGCAAGAACAAGCUUCAGUCAGGAGAAACGCAGCACACUUUUCUUCUUUGAUGGAUAGAAAGUAAGUAUAUCAUUAUGACUGGUUCCAAUGUGGUAGAUAUGUACACUGAUUAUAAUAAACGUUUCUCUAUUUUCGUCUUCCGAAGCACAUCAUGCAAAGAAAAGCGCUUCAGCUGAACGUGCGCGUGCCACACAAGCACCCGCGCGCACACCCGGAGCAUUAGCGUUCGUGGUGGAAAAAAUUUUAAUCUGCGGAUCCAGCCCUGGACUAAAUUUUGCCGUGCAUAGCGUGAGUGGGCCUGCAAUCUGCACCACACGUUUGUCGACGCUGAGCGGGCCGCGCUAAACAUGGACCCCCUAGGUGUGGACACCAGACAGGUUGCGGAGGAGAUUUACAUCCGUCUGGAGAGUGCCCUGCAGGCUUUUCGGGAGCGAGCCGCCACGAUCUCGGAGAACCCUAUGUGGAACGAGCACGCCCAACAGGAUGCCACGGAGGUGCUGGACAUUCUGUUUUCGCACUUCCUCCACCCCAUAACGGAACCCGUCUGCACCUUUCACAUCCAGCAGACGAGAUUUCAGGAGUUCGACCGGCAGCGCUGCAAAGCCAACGAGGUGGACACGCACGUUGUGCUUACGAUUCCGAUGAGGAGCGGUGCAGCUGCCAGUGCUGGUGGUGCGGCAGGGGGAGGUCCUGGACCCGGGCACCUUCCGGAUGACUUUGACCCGCACUCUCUGUCGCAGUUGGUGAAGGCUUACUUCUCUGUGCCGGAGAGAAUUAAAGCAGACCGUCCGAUCAGCUGGAAUCGGUUCAACGGUGAAGACCAGGACGACUACUGCAACCGCGCAGUUGAGGAAUCGGCCAGAGAAGAGGACCCGGUAACAUCAACUUCGCUUCGCUCUCCACCCGUAGUUGAGAAUGGGAAUGCAGCGAUCACGAUCUCAACAGAAAUCAAAAUUAGCGAGGGGAACUCCGAACUGCACCAAAGCGCGCAAACAAUUGCUAACGGACAAGUAAAUCAGGCGUUUCUUGCAACGCCUGUCGAUCUCAGCAAUCCAACAUCUUCCUCAAGAGUGAGUGUGAGGGCGAAUCAAGUAGUUGCUGCACAAGAUGAAGAACAGCCGCAUAGUUUAUUCCCGCAGCCUGCUGGGCUCCCUAAACAUCAAAGGGAAAACGCUACUGGCAGCGCUCCCGGCGCACGAGAGAACUCGUCCACACGACCGGCAAAGGCGCGGGACGUGACUUAUCCCUUUUGGCAGAAACUAGCGUUAAAGCACCCACCACCGCCGGUAUUGGUGAUGCGGUUGGCGCGCUUUGGUUUCACGCCCGCCGGCACUGUGAAGAAUUCAGACGAAGUCGAUUUGGAGGAAAGCUUGGUACUGAGAUUUCAGGAGCCUGCGCCGCCCAACUACCGAAGCAGGAAUUCGAACAGGAUCCGCAACCGUCCCCCAGGCACAGUAGUAAACGUGAUAGCUCUGGAACGAAAAGUCACCUACCGCUUGCAAUCUCUCGUCCUGCAUCGGGGGGAAAGCCCGGAUGACGGUCAUUAUAUAGCCAUGGUGAACUACGGGCAGCAGGGCCUUCCCGGAGCUAACGCGACGCGCGGAAAAACAACCUGGGUCAUGUAUGACGACUUCGCAUUCUACCGCUGGUCUCGCACCAACGGGAGCGAGGUCGUGCUAAGUCACCCAGACAUCAAAACUCAGUGCUAUUUGCUGUUCUAUGUUCGCCAAGAUCUUGCCGUAAACUAGAGAAUACAGAUCACGCUUGCGCACCGAUCCUAGCUGUACUACCUGAGACCCAACGGACGCCAGGACUUCGAUAUUUUUGUGCUGGCGGUGCCGUUCGAGUGUACGUGCAUAAAAUUACUAGCAAAGACGAAUAAACACAAACGACUGUGAAAAACAGCCCGACACUACGUGCUCAGUAGUGCAUGUUCUCUAUUCAAUCUUUGCGACAGCUGGAAAACACAAACAGUGCUGAAUUUUUCUUGGUGAAAGAAGUACUCUAGACCUUUCAUAAUCUUCGUCACGACAACUGCUUCACAACAUAC